AUGCAUCUCAUGUACACCCUCGACUCGAACGGCAACCGCCUCUACACACUCAACAAGGUCGUCUCCGGCGAAGUCACCAAGUCCGCACACCCUGCACGAUUCUCGCCCGAUGACAAGUACUCCAGACAUCGUGUCACGCUGAAGAAGCGCUACGGACUCCUCCUCACCCAGCAGAGUACGCAUUGA